UCUGUCGUCCCCUUCUCCUCCUGUCCCCAAUCCCUCCCAGCAUCAGAGUCUUUUCCAAUGAGUAAACUCUUCGCAUCAGGUGGCCAAAGUAUUGGAGUAUCUAUAUACUCAUAAUUUCGUGGACUUGUACAGACAAGGGCUCUAUAAACAUAAAAGUCCUCGGUGAUUCAGCUGAUAAGCGUUCCCCUGCUCGCCUUUUUGCCGAGGGGCAACAGAAGCGAGGCCAUUCCUCCCAUAAUUCCAACCUGUUUAGUAACUUAGCGCAAUCAGGAUUCAAUAGAACCGGCCGGGAGCUGUCCCGAGCCUGCGGCUGAUUGGCCGAGCGCAGAGCACCGGGCGUGGGCUUUGCCCAAGUUCUCCGCUCCCUGCUCCCAGCUCCCAGGGGAAGCCAGGGCGUGUUGGACCAGCGGCUCUUCAAGGCUCAGAGGAGCCGAGACCGGUGUUCGCAUCCGCCGCACUCUUCCGCUGGAGUAUGAAUCUACUUCCAAGAUUCACGCCUUAGUGAACAUUCACAGGGAAAGCCCGAGGUCGCGAUGGAUCUUGACGGCUGCAAUGGAAGAGCAGGGGUGAAGAACUUCUUGAAAAGGGACAAAAAAAGGUUUUUCAGUAAAAAAGAUGAGAAGAAAGAAAAGAGACCAACUGUCAGUACUUUUGCAAUGUUUUGCUCUUCAGAUUGGCUCGAUAGGUUGUAUAUGGUGCUGGGGACUUUGGCUGCCAUCAUCCAUGGAACUGGAUUCCCCCUCAUAAUGCUGGUGUUUGGAGACAUGACAGAUAGCUUUGCAGGUGCUGGAAAUUUUGGAAACAUAACUUUUUCAAACAUGACUAAUGAAAGUACUAUAUUAAGAACAGAAUAUGACAAGAAGCUGGAGAAGGAAAUGACCACGUACGCCUACUAUUACUCUGGAAUUGGUGCGGGCGUGCUUAUUGCUGCUUACAUCCAGGUCUUGUUCUGGUGUCUGGCUGCUGGAAGACAAGUACACAGAAUCAGAAAACAGUUUUUUCAUGCCAUCAUGCAACAGGAGAUAGGCUGGUUUGACGUGUAUGACGUUGGAGAACUUAACACCCGCCUCACAGAUGACGUCUCCAAAAUUAAUGAAGGAAUUGGUGACAAAAUCGGAAUGUUCUUUCAGGCAAUGGCAACAUUCUUCACCGGUUUUAUAAUAGGAUUUACAAAAGGUUGGAAGCUCACCCUUGUGAUUCUGGCCAUCAGUCCUGUUCUUGGCCUGUCAGCUGCUGUCUGGGCAAAGAUACUGUCUUCAUUUACUGAUCAAGAACUUUUGGCAUAUGCAAAAGCUGGAGCAGUAGCUGAAGAGAGAAAAGUCUUAGCGGCUAUUAGAACUGUGAUUGCAUUUGGAGGACAAAAGAAAGAACUUGAAAGGUACAACAAAAAUUUAGAAGAAGCCAAGAGAAUUGGAAUAAAGAACUCUAUCACGGCCAACGUCUCUAUGGGUGCUGCUUUUCUGUUGAUCUAUGCAUCCUAUGCCCUGGCAUUCUGGUAUGGGACCUCCUUGCUCCUCUCAAGAGAAUAUUCCAUUGGACAAGUGCUCACGGUCAUCUUUUCUGUAUUAACUGGAGCUUUUAGUAUUGGACAGGCAUCUCCAAACAUUGAGGCCUUUGCAAAUGCAAGAGGAGCAGCUUAUGAAGUCUUCAAGAGCAUUGAUCACAAACCAAGCAUCGACAGCUAUUCAAACACUGGGCACAAACCCGACAAUAUUAAAGGAAAUCUGAAAUUCAGAAAUGUUCACUUCUCUCGAAACGAAGUUAAGAUCUUGAAGGGCCUCAACUUGAAGGUAGGGAGUGGGCAGACGGUGGCCCUGGUUGGGAACAGCGGCUGUGGGAAGAGCACCACCGUCCAGCUGAUGCAGAGGCUGUAUGACCCCACGGAGGGCAUGGUCAGUAUCGACGGACAGGAUAUCAGGACCAUCAACGUAAGGUAUCUGCGGGAGAUUAUCGGGGUGGUGAGUCAGGAGCCCGUGCUGUUUGCCACCACGAUAGCUGAGAACAUUCGCUACGGCCGUGAAGAUGUCACCAUGGAUGAGAUUCAGAAAGCUGUGAAGGAAGCCAACGCCUAUGACUUUAUCAUGAAACUGCCUAAUAAAUUUGACACCCUGGUUGGAGAGACCAGAGCCCAGCUAAGCGGUGGACAGAAGCAGAGAAUCGCCAUUGCCCGGGCCCUGGUUCGCAACCCCAAGAUCCUCCUGCUGGACGAGACCACCUCAGCACUGGACACAGAGAGUGAAGCGAGUCAGGCGGCCCUGGAUAAGGCUAGAGAAGGCCGGACCACCAUUGUGAUAGCGCAUCGUCUGUCCACGGUUCGUAAUGCUGAUGUCAUCGCUGGUCUUGAUGAUGGAGUCAUUGUGGAGGAAGGCAAUCACGAUGAGCUCAUGGGGAAGAGAGGCAUUUACUUCAAACUUGUCACAAUGCAGACAAAAGGAAAUGAACUGGAAUUAGAAAAUACCCCUGGUGAAUCCCUAAGUAAAACUGAUGACUGGUACACAUCCUCCCAAGAUUCAGGAUCCAGAUCCAGUCUAAUCAGAAGAAAAUCAACUCGCAGGAGUAUCAUUGGAUCCCAAAGCCAGGACAGAAAGCUCAGUACAGAAGAAUCUUGGGAUGAAAGUGUACCUCCAGUUUCCUUUUGGAGGAUUCUGAAGCUGAAUAUAACUGAAUGGCCUUAUUUUGUGGUUGGUGUAUUUUGCGCCAUUAUAAAUGGAGCUCUGCAACCAGCAUUCUCAGUCAUACUUUCAAGGAUUAUAGGAAUCUUCACCAGAAAUGACGAUGAUGAAACCAAACGACAGAACAGUAACUUGUUUUCACUGUUGUUUCUAAUCCUUGGAAUUAUUUCUUUUAUUACAUUUUUCCUUCAGGGCUUCACGUUCGGCAAAGCGGGCGAGAUCCUCACCAGGCGGCUGCGGUACCUGGUUUUCAGGUCGAUACUGAGGCAGGAUGUGAACUGGUUCGAAGACCCUAAAAACACCACGGGAGCAUUGACAACCAGGCUUGCCAAUGACGCCGCUCAAGUUAAAGGGGCUAUAGGUUCCAGGCUUGCUGUAAUUACCCAGAAUAUUGCAAAUCUUGGCACAGGCAUUAUUAUAUCCCUCAUCUAUGGCUGGCAGUUAACACUUCUCCUGUUAGCAAUUGUACCCAUCAUUGCAGUAGCAGGGGUUAUUGAAAUGAAAAUGCUGUCUGGACAAGCCCUGAAAGAUAAGAAAGAACUAGAAGGUGCUGGGAAGAUGCGUGCAUGGCAGUCGCUCUACUCCCCAGGGGCCUGUGAGCCAGGUUCUUCUGUCAGCUCCUUUCGCAGAAACUCUUUGAGGAAAGCACAUGUCUUUGGAAUUACAUUUUCCAUCACCCAGGCAAUGAUGUAUUUCUCCUAUGCUGGCUGUUUCCGGUUUGGUGCCUACUUGGUGGUGCAAGGCAUCAUGGAGUUUCAGGAUGUUCUCUUAGUGUUCUCAGCUAUUGUCUUUGGUGCCAUGGCUGUGGGACAGGUCAGUUCAUUUGCUCCUGACUAUGCCAAGGCCAAAGUGUCAGCAGCCCACGUCAUCAGUAUCAUUGAAAAAACUCCUCUGAUCGACAGCUACAGCACGGAAGGCCUAAAGCCGAGUACAGUGGAAGGAAAUGUGGCCUUUAAUGACGUCGUGUUCAACUACCCGACUCGACCAGACAUCCCGGUGCUUCGGGGGCUGAGCCUGGAGGUGAAGAAGGGCCAGACGCUGGCCCUGGUGGGCAGCAGCGGCUGCGGGAAGAGCACGGUCGUCCAGCUCCUGGAGCGGUUCUAUGACCCCUUGGCUGGCACAGUGCUAAUCGAUGGCAAGGAAAUAAAGCAGCUGAAUGUCCAGUGGCUGCGUGCACACAUGGGCAUCAUGUCCCAGGAGCCCAUUCUGUUUGACUGCAGCAUCGGCGAGAACAUUGCCUACGGAGACAGCAGCCGGGUCGUGUCCCAGGAGGAGAUUGAGCGCGUGGCCAAGGAGGCCAACAUCCACCUCUUCAUCGAGAUGCUGCCAGACAAAUACAACACCAGAGUAGGGGACAAAGGAACUCAGCUCUCUGGUGGCCAGAAACAGCGCAUUGCCAUAGCUCGUGCCCUUGUCAGACAGCCUCACAUCCUGCUUCUGGAUGAAGCUACCUCGGCUCUGGACACGGAAAGUGAAAAGGUUGUCCAAGAAGCCCUGGACAAAGCCUGAGAAGGCCGCACCUGCAUCGUGAUCGCUCACCGGCUGUCCACCAUCCAGAACGCAGACUUGAUAGUGGUGAUUGAGAAUGGCAGAGUCAGGGAGCAUGGCACACACCAGCAGCUGCUGGCGCAGCGAGGCAUCUAUUUCACCAUGGUCAGUGUCCAGGCUGGGACAAAGCGCCAGUGAACGGUGACCGUAUAAGCUGCCAAAUAUUGUCUUAUAGUAUUUGUGUUAAAAUAUGGCAUUUAAUCAAAAUUAAAAAGUGAACACUUACCAGAGAAACUAUGUAGAGUUACUUAUUUAACAUUUCCUGCCGCAGUGGAGGAUCCAUCGCACUCUGUUCUGGGUCUUCAGAGACUUUAUAUUGAAAGAACAGAAAGAAGCAUCAUCGACGGGAGUAAAUCAGUGGGUAUGAUUGCAUUAGAAAGGUUAUAGAAUCAUUCAAAGUAGAUUUUGUUAAUAAAGUGUAUAAUUUUUAUUUAUAUUUUCUUAUUCGAACUAUAACUGACUGCCCUGCUAAAAGAUUACAGAAGUAGCAAAAAGUACUGAAUGUUUGCAUAUAGUGCCUAUAAUAAAACUAAACUUUUAUAUGACUGGA